UUAGAAAAAUGCGUAAAUAUAGAAAUAUUAUAAUUAGAAAUUUGGUGCUGUUCUUUUUAUAUUUUUAUAAGUAAAAAUUAUUAUUUUUGUUAAUAAUUUUUAAUUGUUAAAAUGCCUGGCACUGAUAAGUUUCAAUCAUUUACUGUUACCCUUCCACCAGAGCUAUCUUGUAACUAUGAAGAUAAAAAUAAAGAACUUGGACAAGGUGGUUUUGCAAAAGUUGUUCUUGCAGAGCAUAUUAUUACAAAUGAAAAGGUUGCUAUUAAAGUCAUGGAUAAAAAACUUCUUACAGAAAAAGAUGAUUUGCAUCGUGCAUACAAUGAGAUUGAUGCCCUUAAGAAUUUAGUUCAUCCACAUAUAUGUCAGCUGUAUGAAGUGUUUGAAAAUAAAGAGUUUAUCUAUCUUGUUCUUGAGUACUGUCCUGGUGGUGAAUUAUUUGAUUACAUUGUUGCACAAAAAAGAUUGUCUGAAAAAGAAGGCAAGGUUUUGUUUUUUCAAAUAAUAUCAGCUGUCUCCUUUAUGCACAAAAAAGGUUAUGCACACAGAGAUCUUAAACCAGAAAAUAUGCUUUUGGAUGGAAAUCAGAAUAUAAAGAUAAUUGACUUUGGUCUUUCUGCAAAACCGGGUAAAGGUUUAUCAACUCCUCUAAAAACACGGGCUGGGUCUGCGAUGUAUGCAUCACCGGAAUUAAUAUCAGGUGCUCCUUAUUAUGGAAAUGAAAAUGACGUUUGGAGUUUAGGUGUGGUUCUUUAUGCCUUGCUGUGUGGGUUUCUUCCAUUCGAAAAAAAGUCAACAGACGAGUUGUAUAAACAAAUUAAAAAAGGUGAAUUUGCAAUUCCACCUUGGUUGUCACAAGAAGCUGUCAGUUUGUUGAAAAAAAUGCUGGAGAUACGCCGUGAACAACGUAUUAAAAUAAAAGAAAUUCUCUCCCAUGAUUGGUUAAUUCAUGCCAAAAAAUCUAAUCGAUCGUUGAAUUUAGUACCUGAUCUGCAAACAAAGAAACUUAAAACUCACCUUAUAGAGUUGAUUGCUGCACACUAUGGAUGGUCCAAAUCUCAAGCUAUUCAAAUGGUUUCUCAGUUUAAGUAUGACAACGUUACAGCCUUUUACCUUAUCUUAUGCAAUUUAACAGAAGCAAAAUUGAAAAAGUUUGCAAACUCUUUUUCCAGCAGUGAAAUUCAAGAUGACAAAGCAGACAAGCAGAGUACAUUUGAAACUAAAACAAAAGAUUUGAGUGGUCCACGUGAGAGAAGAGCAAGUACUUUGCCCAAUGCGGUUGACAUUAUUAUACCUUCUCUAAAAACUGAAAAGCAAAAAGGACACCUGUUGCCAGUAAAACAAAGAACACAGACUUUUAAUGAUUCAACUGAUAUUCAAAAAAUUAGCAAAAUAUCAAAUACAAAUAAAGCAGCGCAAAUAGAAAAAAAACAUAUCUCAGCAGCAAUUUAUCCUAUCAUAGGGCGUUUAAAAGCGGAAGAAUUUGAAACAAAAAAAGAAAAGAUUAAAAAUGAUAAAACAAAGCGGUUAGCUUCCUCCUGUAUUGAUGGCUUGGAUUCUUUAGUUAUUGAAGAGAAAGAUUCGACAAAGCAAUUGAAAGAGACCCGUUCAAGAACUUCUUCUUUAAGAGAGUUUACUAACCGACUUUCAGGACUGUUUAAACAAGAAACUAAACCUCGUAGAGUCAAGGCUAUUUAUCAUGUUGAAAAUACUUCAACUUUGCCAGCUGACGAUGUCUGUGAUGAAAUUGAAAGAGUGCUCAAAAUUUUAUGUUCAGAAGGAAAUAUUAUUUCCUACUCAAAUCCAGACAGGUACUUGUUCAAGUGCAAAUCUGGUUUAGAAAAUAAGACUGUUUUCGAAUUAGAGGUUUGCCGGAUUCCAUAUAUGGAUAGUGUUGUUGGCAUACGCAGCAAACGAUUAAAAGGUGACGCGUGGAAUUACAAAGAGAUAAUCGAACUAGUUUUGUCUAUGAUGCGAAUUUAAAAAACUAUAUUUAGCCGUUAAGUGAUUUACCGUAAAAAAAAUUUAUCUCUUAAAUCGAUAAUUUCAUAGGAAGAAAUAUAUGACACAAUAAAUAUAAAAAGUUUUGUAUUAGUAGGAUAAUUGUAAAAAUCUUAAAUAUAAAUUUUUUAAUGUAAAGAUCAAAUUAUUUUAUAAGAUGUGUAGAUAUAUAAAAUAUAUAUAGAUAUAUAAA